AUGCCAAAACAUCUACUUAUCGAGAUCCCAACCACCGAGAAGGACAUCGAAGAAAGGCUGACAAUGGCUCUCGUUGACUACUCCGGGUCCGAAUCCGACUCAGAAAAGGAAGAAAAAGGCACAAUUCCAGAACCUCCCAAACCUAAGCCGACCUCCAACAAGCUUGCCUUCCAAAAGGUCGUCAACCGCUCGAACCCUCACAAGAUCAAAGUCAGCCUCCCGGAACCAGCAAAAGCGACGACAGAGGAUGGAGAUCUGGAAUCAGGACCCCCCGCAAAGCGAGCCAAGAUUAGCUCAGGGGGAAUGAGCGGAUUCAACUCCUUCCUUCCUGCGCCCAAGCGCACGGCAGCACCAAGUGAAACAUCUGGAAUCGGGGGUAUAAGGAGAGGUGGACUAGGUAGUGGUGUCAGUCUUAAGACAGGAGCUGCACCAGGUUUCAGCAGAGAACCUGCACCAAGCGUGGAGGAAGGCUCAGACUGGAAUGGAGGUACCGAAGGCCGAUCAGAGGAAGAGAGCCAAGGGCAUAGCAGGCAUGCGGAAACGAUCAUAUCACCGGCAGUAAAUCUACCUGAUAUACCGAUUCCAGGAAAUGGUGUGGAACUGAAGAAGAAGUCCACGAUGUUCAAGCCGUUAUCCGUUGCCAACAAGAAGCCUCAGAGGAAGAAAGCUCUGCCUGUGGCUAGCCGAGGUGCAGCGGGGUCUACAGAGGGAGGAACGACAAAGCAAGUAAAAGCAACCCCCAAAGUGUCAUUGUUCUCAGCUGGAGACGAGGUACAUGAAUCCUCGAGUAAUGGGUUGGCAACCAAAGGAACAUAUCAGCCCAUGGUAUACCACGCGGACAGCCCAACAAUCACGCCCGCUACAAAUCCGUACACUGAAGAACCCACCAUUGCACAAAACUACACUGCCGCCGAAACCACAUACUUACCCGACCAAACCACGCGACCGCAACCCCAAUCCCUCUCUGCAAUAGCCACCGACCUGAACCUCUCGGCCUCCGCCAAACGCCAACUCCUCGGCCGGCACCACAAUACCAACAAAACCCAUCCCUCCCAGCCCUCCAACAUACCCAACAUUGUGAACUUCAACACCGACGAAGAAUACGCGGCCAACGAAUUGCUCCGGCAAGCAGGCGAGACUGUCCAACACAACCCCGUGCGAGGCAUCGCUCCGGGCAAACAUAGUUUGAAGCAGUUGGUGAAUGCGGCUAGCAACCAGAAGGAUGCGCUGGAGGAGCAGUUUGCGAGUGGGAGGAGGAAUAAGAAGGAGGCGGGGAGCAAAUAUGGUUGGUGA